UUAGCUUCAGGCACCUUCAACGACUGGUCUGUUGGAAGCUUUGGAGUUGCCCUGCCGAUCGCAACGUCCAAGCCAUUGUUUACUUUCAGAUAUGAGUCAACGUGCGAAACUCAAUCAAGCCAGAGAGCUUUAUCUUAUAAACAACAAACUCAAUCGAAUAAUUCAGCUUCUAUCUAAGCCGAGUACCAAGCCAUGAGCUCGUCUAGAGAUGAACGAGCCAAGGCGGCCAAGCUGUUUCUCAACAAAAAGCUGCCAUCCAUAUUAAAGUCCAAUGCAAGAGCGAGAAAAGGCGUCGAAAGCGUCCAAUUGAUUGUAGAUCCACCUCGAAUAGUCCCAAAGGAGGCCAUUGCUCCAGCAGCAGCAACUACAAGCCCAGAGUCUACCAAACAAACAGACGGCAAUGACUUAGCUCCAACAUCUCAGAAACCUCUCUCCACCCCUUUAUCUCCCAAUUCCAUACGAAUCUGGCCCGUCGAUACUCUCGAAGCUGCUUCAAGGCUAUCUAAAUCCAGUCCAUCCCGAAUUGCCGUCCUCAACAUGGCCUCUCCCCUCCGUCCCGGCGGCGGUGUCCUAACCGGGGCCACAUCACAAGAAGAAUGGCUUUGCUCAAGAACUACGCUAUAUCCAUCUCUCCACGAAGAAUUCUACCGCCUCCCCGAAGUAGGCGCCAUAUACACUCCCGAUGUCCUCGUCUGCAAGACGUGGGACACGGAGCCCUCUGAUCUCAAACCAGCGGAUCAGUUCUUGAUCGAUGUCAUCACAGCAGCCAUGCUACGCCUUCCAGAGGUUGAGACGAAUCAACAGGGAGAGCUUAAGUAUUCGGAGCAAAAAGACAGAGAUAUGGUUUUAGCCAAGAUGCGUUGCGUAAUGCGUAUAUUGCGGUCUCGUCAUAUCGAACGCGUUGUUCUGGGGGCUUGGGGCUGUGGCGCAUAUGGAAACCCCGUCGACGAGAUUGCCCGAUCAUGGAAGAGGGUGUUACUGGGACCCCAGGCCAAGAGAUCCGAGCGAGUCGAAGUUUAUGAUGAUAUGGAGGUGGUUUUCGCUAUCAAGGACCACAACAUGGCUCGUAGGUUUACAACUGCCUUUGGGGCUGGGGCCAUGUUGGAGGAGAGUGGUGGUGAUGGCGUCGAUUAGGACGAGUUAUCUGGUCUGUUGAUAUGGCAACACGUUUGACUUCAUGAAUGUGCUCAAUACUGAUGUUUCUAUACAUUUCUCUUCUCUGUAUAUCCUUCGUUGUGCGUCCAUGUGGCUUUCAAGGCGUCGAUAUCUCCCCUAUACAGACUUUAGCCAUGCUUUGAGAAACAAAUCCAC